CACCAUUAAAACCAGUAAGAAAGAUAACAAAAUUCUCAACAGAUAAACCUCUGGUCAGCAUCGAGAGAGAGAGAGAGAGAUGAGGCCUGCAAGCAACUCGACGGCAGCGACUACCGGAGCGGUGUUCCGGCACUGGAACUCUCCCAUUCCGUACCUGUUCGGUGGAAUAGCAGCGAUGCUAGGACUCAUUGCGAUAGCGUUAGUCAUUCUAGCUUGUUCAUGCAAGGAAUCGUCGACGCACGAUCCCCAUGGCGAUGAAGCUGAAGAAAAGCCAGCCAAGCAAGGAGUGGCCGCCAUGCAACUUGAAAUGGAGCCCAAAAUCGUUGUGAUCAUGGCCGGUGAUGAAAACCCUACGUACAUCGCCAACCCCAUUCGCCAUGUUGAACAACAAGUUUGACAGCACUCGGUUGACUGCGAAAGGAGC